ACCUUCGUUUUGGAUCCUACACUGACUAAUUGAGUAGUCACUGCAAGAAGAGAAUAGUUCGAGAAAAAUGGCGCUGAGGGCAGCCGUUCUUCGCCAUCUUCGUGUUCCUGUCCAAUUCUCUGCCCUAGCUCGCCGGGAAUGCCAGCCGGCGCCGUGUUCCGGUGGUUAUCUCCGGCUGUUUUCAUCCCACGACGAUCGCUCUACAAAGGAGGAGGUCACUGAGAGAGUUCUCUCGGUUAUCAAGCGUCACACGAAAGUCGACCCCUCCAAGGUGAGCCCUAAUGUUCAUUUCCAGAAAGAUUUGGGUUUAGACAGCUUGGACACUGUGGAGAUUGUAAUGGCCUUGGAAGAGGAGUUCAAGCUAGAGAUACCAGACAAUGAGGCUGAUAAAAUAGAUUCCUGUGAUCUUGCAAUUGAGUACGUGUACAACCAUCCAAUGGCUAAUUGACAAAGUACUAACAUCUUUCUCUUUAUUUAUUCUUUCCGUGUUUUUGGAGUAUGUUAUUCAGUGAAAGAAUUUUCAUCUCAACAUUGUUUUUCUGACCGUGCUUGGGUGUUUGUUGAGAGUCGCAAUCCUUUACACUGUGGUGGAAAAUAAUUGUAAGUGCUUGAAAGAUAACACAUUCUGCCUCGACAAAUUUUGAGGGCCUAGAACGGUCAUAACUUCAAUCUAUUGCUAUUCAUGUGGUAUAGAGGAUUUUGCAUCUUAACAUCUA